GGUGGCGGAAAUGCACCAAAAGCUGGUUUGCGAUCCGCCAUAAAAAAGGAAAGAAUAAGAAGUAACUCAGAUCUGUAGGCUAAAGAAAUAUAUUUUAGCCGAAAUGGUUAAUCUCGGACUUAGUAAAGUUGAUGAUGCAAUUGUAGCGAAGCACCCGGGUUUGCAGCAGUAUGCCGCCUGCCAGUCGUAUGCCUUCAUGAAAGGCACAGCAAGCUUUCUGCUAGGCACAACCGGUUUAUUUUUUGUACAGCGAGCACUUCAGAAGAGAAUCUCAUAUCCUUUGCAGUGGAAUGUUUUAGUGUCUGUUGUUGCUUCAUCACUAUUUAGCUAUUCAGUAACACGAUGGGAAACAAAGAAGUGCUCAGAUUUGUGGUUAUUCAUUGAGACAGGAAAUGUUCCUGACAGAAGCUCUCUCAAGAAGGAGGAGGAGACUUCAACUCGUACAUCACCUGCCAAGCCCAAAGUCACACAAUAUGGAGAUGUCAUAGAAUGAACUCAAAAAUGCUGCAGUGUACCUUACCUAUGUCUGUGUAAUACUCCAAAUUUUUCUGUAUUACACUGGAGUUGAGACAUUUUUGUUUGUGUGUAUCAAAUAAUUUAACACACCUUUGUUCUCAGUUCCAUCAAGUUUACACAAAUGCUCAAUUAAAUUGUCAACAAGUUUUAUUUAGCUGAUAUUAUAAUUUUUUGUCAGAUCAGAUAUGACUCAAAUAACAGAAAUGUAUCACCAACCAAAUAAAAUAUUCUCAGUUUGAA